GCUCUCCACAUGGACACGCAAAACCCAGUCAUAGAAGACGCCGAGUUCGCCUACAAGGCAACAAACCUUGUCCGCCUCAACGAUCGCGGAAUCCGAAAUGCUGCCGCAUACAUUCAUGAGCAGAUAAAGCGGGAAUCGUACACCCCGCGCACAUGGCGCACCCACCCUCUCCACCUUUUGCCUCCCGAGCCCUUCGACUCCUCGCAUACCGCGACGGAAAAAUGCCUGAACUGGAUAUUCCUAGUUUCUGCGAUCAACUUCUCCUUCUGGUCGGAGUGCGAUGAACGGACACAGUAUGCAGUUGACUGGAAGGAUGGCUGGAAGACUCAGAAGCGGAAAACGUGGACAGGCUAUUGGAGUCUACUGGCCGCUAUCAACCGAGCAAUGGAUGAAGGCAUAGAUAUCAUCAACCCGUCCUUCUAUGCGUCCGAGACCCAAUGUUCGGAUGCGCUCAUCAAACGUAUUUUCAGACCUGCUCGGCAAUCCUCCGAAGAUAUCGCCCUCCUUCAGGAGCGCAUCGCUGUGAUGCGUGAAGUUGGCUCUAUCCUCACAGCUAAAUUUGACGGUUCCUUCCUGUGCUUCAUUAAAUCCUGGCGCUCUCGCUAUGGUGAUCACGCGUCUGUUCUCGAUCUUGUCCGCAUGGUCACAGAUACCUUUCCCUCAUUCAGGGACGAACAGCCAUUCAACGGGAGGACAGUCAGGUUCUGGAAGCGCGCCCAAAUCCUCGUCGCCGAAACCUGGGCAGCCUUCUAUCCUCCCUCGUCCAACCCGGCCGACCAUCCGUUCUUCCCGGACGGUAUCCAUCAGCUCACCAUGUUCGCCGACUACCGCGUCCCGCAGAUCCUCCACCACCUCAAAAUCCUCGACUACCCGCCCCUGCUCGCGCAAGCGCUCAAGCACGAGCGAUACUUCCCGAGCGGCUGCGUCGAGGAGAUUAGCAUCAGGGCCGCGAGCAUUCUCGCCGUGGAGCACGUCAAGGACGCCAUCCUCGACCUCCUCUCCGCCUCGAAACCGGACUCGGCCGACGCCUCCUCUGAUAUCUGCGCCAACGGGGAGAAGGAGGUUGUGUGCAGUGUCCUCAUCGACUUUUACCUCUGGGAUCUUGCAAAAUGGCUGGAGCAGGGUGAACGGGGCAUAGAAGGGAUCGAGACGAAUAUAAUGUUACCCGCUCAUCGGACACGGAGUAUAUGGUACUAGGCCGAGGAACCUGCCUGCGGCUAUAAGACUAAGCUCACUGGCGCAUACUGUCUCUGACGUUGCAUAUAUGCCCUUGAUGCUCGCCCAGCGACCUGUGCAUAUCUUUCCCAUCUCAGGCACCCAUCCACAUCCAUACUCAACUAAUCGCACAUUACCUCCUCCUGAACAUCUAAUGCGGAAGAAAACCUCC